AUGGGGUCAGACCAAAGAGCAGUUUACCCCUGUAUCUUCUCUGUAGUGGUGGUCAGUAACAGGAGCUUGGAGAAGGAGAAAAGGGAUGACAAUAAGAUAAAGAAACCAGAUGCCCCAGCACUUUGUGAUCUUCACUGUUGUAAGGAUGGGCCAAUAAGAAAUGGUCUUAUUGGGCAGAAGCCACCCUCAAUCAACCCUGAGAGACUGAAAGAUUUUGGCGAGGAGGAUUACCUGAAUGGGGAUGUGAAGACCUGGGAAAUGAAGAUCGUGAGCCGUAAUGAGGAGUUACUUAGAGAUGCCCUUUCACGCAUCCCUCAGUCAAGCAGUAGGACCAGCCUGUCAAGCAGUAACAAGCUGAUUCGAUUUGAAGAUAUUAGUGCAGCAGCUUUCAAAAUCCAGUGUGGUGUUCAGAAAACACCCUGCAUGUAUUCUAGGCUAUCCAAGCAGUAUGGCAUGGACAUCUACCUAAAGAAAGAGUUCCUCCAGUACACGGGAUCUGUGAAGGAACGAGGUGUUCUUUACCUUCUGACGUCAUUGCCUCAGGAUCAGCAAAGAAAGGGGGUGAUCGUGGCUUCGGACAGUAACUUUUCCAUGGCUGUGGCUUACCAUGCCUCAGAGCUCCGUAUUCCAGUGUUUGUCAUCAUGUCAACCAGCACGUCCCCGGCCAGAGUGAAAAUGUGCCGUGAGUACGGUGCCAUGGUUAUAUCGUAUGGCACUACAGCUAAGGAUUCCCAGACGCAUGCAAGGAGGUUGGCGCAGGAGAACGGUUACCUCUACCUCGAAGAGGAGGAUAGUGCUGUUUACCUGUCGGGCCUGGGAACCGUGGGGCUGGAGGUGUACGAGCAGGUGCCAAAGCUGGAUGCGGUGAUUUUCCCUGCAGGAGGCCACUGUGGCUUGCUGGCAGGGUCGGCUGCUGCACUCAAACACCUCAACCCACACGUUUCUGUAAUUGGGGUUGAAUCUGAAAGUUUUCCUGUGUUGCAACAGUCCUUAAAGGCUGGCCACCCAAUUGAAGACCAGGCUUGCAGCAAUCAUCACUUUUAUGGAGAUGUGAGCGGACUUUGCUUUGGCAGCAAUUCUUUGCAGCUGUCUGGGAAACUUGUGGAUAAAGUUGUUGCUGUGAGGGAGGAGGACAUCCUCAUUUCAAUGCUGAGAUUGCUGGAGUAUGAGCGAGCCACGGUUGAUGCGGAAGGGGCCAUUGGCCUUGCAGCGCUGGUUGCAGGAAAGCUGCCCGAGUUGAAGGGUAAAAGAGUGGCAGUUGUUAUAUGCAGUGGAAACUUGGAACUGCAUUUGCUGCAACAGUGCAUAGCUCGUGCCCUGUCCCUCGACUGCAGAGUGUGCAGGUUUUCCCUUGUGCUUUCUGACUGCCCUGGGGACAUUUCAAAGCUACUGGAGAUUUUGGCUCGGGAAGAAGCAAGAGUUUUGGAUAUCCAACAAGAACGCACGUUUGUGACAUCUGAGCUCUUCACUGUCGAGGUCACCUGCACUGUGGAGACCAGAGACAAGAUCCACACAGCCCAGAUGAGGAACGUGCUCCUGGAACGCUACCCCACAGCCUCCUGGACUGAGCGGUGAUGGGCACAGCACAAGGGAAAGGGCCAAGGUCCUCUGACAAGUAUUUUACUGAGCCCUAAUCUUGAGGCAUUCAGAACAAAUAUUCUCUUUCAAAGCUGAACACUUAGCAAAUAGUUUCAGGAUAUUUAUUUCCUGCUCAAAAUGUAGUGAAUGUCCUGGGGAAUAAAGUUAAACUCAAAACUUGAGCUUAGCUAAAGG